CAUCCCCAUUGAAUCUGUUCUUCUCCUUCACUGCUCCCGUCUUCAGACAGCUGUCUCCAGCCAGGGCUCUCGCACGACAUUCCUGAGGUACGGCACUCCUCGUGGUCUUUUCAAUCCGGAGUGUCUGUCUUUUUAUCACUCCUGCGUGGACCAGUUACUGAUGCUUGGCAGCACUUGAAUAUCACGUCCGUAAGAAUACGCAGCUCUAUGAGAUGAGGCUACUUUGUGUGUUGGCUUUUGUUCUUUGCCUUUAUGGCCUUCCAGGGACGGAGGGCAAAAGGGACAGUAGGAACAGCACGCAGCUGGCCAAGAAGGGAAGAAGUAAGUCUGUUCCCAGCUCAGGGGAGCUCAUCACCAAGGAUAGCCACAGGUGCACCUGGGAGGCUUCUGGUGAGGGGGAGGUCACCCUCCUCAUCAACUGUAACCACCAAGACCAGACGUACUGGUGUCAGUACUUAGGGAAACCCACCCUCUGCCCCGUGUACAACUCCAAGUCCAGCCAGUACUGGAAACAGGUCGUGAGCAAGCUGAAGAAGAAGAAGAACCCCUGCGAGGGGGACAAGAUCCUGAAAACCCGCCUCUGUAAAAAGUCUCCUGUCGAGUCCCACAUGAAGCUGUCUGAGAAGAGCAGCGCUGACGCGAGGGCGGAGGACAGCGCAAAGGGCAAGGGAGGAGGCAGGAAGAAAGAGGCAGCCCCAGAGGUGGCUGACAGGAAGAAGGAGAAGAAGCCCCCGGUGGCAGAGAAGGAGGAUUUUGGUGAGGUGAACGACGAAAACGCAGAGUCCGAAAUGGAACCUGUUGAAAACUACUGCGCCGACGGCUGGCAUUCACUUUGCAAUUUCUUCGUUAAGUUAUUUGAUGGUUAAA